CUCAAAAAAAAAAAAAAAAAAAAUCCUACCCCAUCUUCUUCUCUUAAACUAACCCCUCCGAUCUGCAAUCUGGUGAAAACGUUUGUACCCUUCCUCCCAUUCCUCUCUCGCCGGAAAAUACACCACCGGAAAAGACCAAUACUCUCUCGCCCCACCCACCCGCUUGACCCUCAACAUCACCCACCAUACCUCACCCAUCACCCAAACCAGAAGCAUCACCGACGAACAGCAACUACAUCGUCACUCCUUCUCUGUUUGUCCCCAUUUUCUCCUUCUUUCCUCCUUCAAAUCGGGGAGAGACCAUUUUCAUAUGGUGGAUUCAGAUUAGGAAAGAAUCUUAUGGAAGAAACUUGUUACAAAAGAGACCAUUUUCACUCCAUCAAAAUCGCACCCCUCUUUCUCUUGCAGUAAAUUGAUUUCUUUUUUUUCUUAUUUCUUUAUGAUCGCAAAUCGCCUCUCUAUGCGUGUGUGUCUCGCACAUCACAUAAACAGGGAAAUCGAACCCUUUUUUCUUUUCUCUGAUCAAAAUUUCACAAAGCCACCCCAUUUUAUCUUCAAUCGCCGAUGAGAAAUUAAGAACAAGGGCAAAAAGAGGCUGCACAUAAACCGGGCUGGAUAGUCCAGAUUGGGAAAGCACACAUAAAGUUGCUUCACAGACAAUUUUCAGGAACCAAUCGAUAGGUAGGGCAGUAGUGAGAUGGUGUGUUUGGCAGGUGGUGUGUUUGGCAGUGGAGCUCGACGGGAAGAAGGACAGGUGCGGUGGGGGGUGUUCGGCGUUGUUGUUUGCUCGACAAUUACAGGUAUACAUGAAAAGAACAAGAAUGCUCUUGUGUUCUUGGCUGGGAACGAAUGCAGAAGGGAAGAACAAGGAUAUGUGUUGAUCGUAUUGGUUUAUGAGAGAGAGAGAGAAGAAAUCCCACACAGAGACCAGCAACAGCCACAUCAACCAAAUUGGAGCAACGGGGAUUGUAAAGUCGAAGCCUUUUGGGACGUAUCAAGACCUGCAUUUGUGGAAAUGGAGCCUAUCACUGAUGCUGAUCAUUUGGAUCUCAUUUUAGACAACACAAACCAAGGGAUUGUAAAGUACGACAUGAUUCACAAGCUUCAGUUCGUCUUCCCGUUCAAUCCACAUUUGUGGGGGUUCUUUUUUGUCGUGGGUUUUCAAUCCAUUUAGGUUUGGAUAAUAUCUCCAAGUAAACUGAGGAAGAAGUUGACGGGGCAGAGGAGUUUGAAUCAGGAUGAACAAACAUCCAACUCCUAUCUCUCAACGAAAUUUCAAGACCAGAAGUGUUGUUGAAUCGUAAAACCGAAAUGAUUUGUGGGUAUAUGUGCUCUCCAAAUUCAAUCGGUUUCCUUCCUAUCGGUUUGUGUUCUCGAAGCUCUGGGCAUGGCAGAUAGUAAUUCAACCUGAAAACAGAGUCGCUUUGUUCAUCCAUUAACAGUUUGAUAAAUACAUUUCAUGGAUGCAAUUUCAAUUCAUCUGUUGAGAAUUCAAGAAUGUCACAAGCUAUCUUCUUCACUGCUGUCACGUAAUAAUUCACCAGAUAUUUGCAGAAACAAAUUAAACCAACAUUUUAGACCAUACAAAGAUAGAGAAAAAUGAGCUUGAAGAUUACACAUUUUUAAUGGAUUCGUACUGGAAUUUUUCUGGGUGUUCUUCAAAAAUGGAGAGGAUUGGAUUUUUGUGAUCAGGUUCGAGUUUGGCGUGGAGAAGAAGAUAUUCAACCCAACCAAAAUCGCCGUUUUGGCCAAGAUGUUUGUUUCCAUAGCCGAAGGUGUUCGAUAGGCCUGCUUCUUGUUUGAGAGAGAGAGAGAGAGAGAGAGAGAGAGAGAGAGAGAGAGAGAGAGA